GAGCUCCUGAGAGCGACCCAUUCACCAAUGUUUGUAGAAGCCGUCUGCAUGUCUAGGGGCUUGAUUGUAUACACCUGUGUCCAUGGAGGGGAUUGGAACACCUGAAUCCAAUGAUUUGGAGGGGAUUGGAACACCUGAAUCACAUGUUUGUGAUUGGAAUACCUGAAUCACAUGAUAUGGAGGUGAUUGGAACAUCUGAAUCCAAUGAUUUGGAGGGCAUUGGAACACCUGAAUCACAUGAUAUGGAGGUGAUUGGAAUACCUGAAUCACAUGAUAUGGAGGUGAUUAGAAUACCUGAAUCACAUGAUAUGGAGGUGAUUGGAAUACCUGAAUCACUUGAUAUGGAGGGGAUUGGAAUACCUGAAUCACAUGAUAUGGAGGUGAUUGGAAUACCUGAAUCACAUGAUAUGGAGGUGAUUGGAAUACCUGAAUCACAUGAUAUGGAGGUUUGGAAUACCUGAAUCCAGUGAUUUGGAGGUGAUUGGAAUACCUGAAUCCAAUGAUUUGGAGGUGAUUGGAAUACCUGAAAUCACAUGAUUUGGAGGUGAUUGGAAUACAUGAAUCCAAUGAUAUGGAGGUGA